UUCAUCAUUGCAGUCGUCUAAAGCAGUGCUUGGUUGGAAAUAAUUGAUUAGGUAAUUGAAUGUACUGUCAAUAAAAGGAAAGUGCAUUCAAAUAUCUGAAAAAUCAAUACGAAUAAUAAUUAGAAUAUUUGAAACAUUGAAGUUAAUAUAAGAAUCUCCACUGCCUUCUCUAGUGUCGCCUGGAAAGAAAAUGGAAACCAGAUCCCCCCCAAACAUAAAAAAUCACUAAAACGGAAGGAAAAAGAGAAAGAAGAUGAAUGCUGCAUUGUCCUUUAUAGGAAGAGCCAACGGCAACAAGAAAGGCUUGUCUGCGACUCUAGCAGCCAAUCCAGGAGACCUUAAGCUUCGAGCUUCAUUUUCAGACACUAAAUUCACUCAUGGCUCCACCAUAAACCUCAACGACUUGUUAAUCUCCGUCGAGAAGCCCGGUUUUUUCCUCGUGGACUUCAACACCACUAAAAAGGAUGUUCUGUUUCAGUUCAUGAAGGCGUUUAAAGUGAAGGGAAAACAGGUGAAUUGGACGUACACCCACACGAGGAACGACCGUCGGACAAUACUCGAUGGGAGCUUGAUGUUUGAUAGAUCCAACAAGUUAUCCGCAAGCCAUGAGCUCGGAUCGGUUAACUGCAAGUUGAGAUACAGUUAUGUGCAUAAAGGGUUGACAACGUUUGAGCCUUGUUAUGAUUUGGCAAAGAAAUCAUGGGACUUGACCGUCUCAAGGAGAGUUCUUGGUGGUGAUCUAAUCAAAGCUAACUAUGAGACAUCGAGUCAGGUUUUGGGAGUAGAGUGGUCGUGUAGCUCACUAGGCUAUGGAGAAGGAAGAAGAGUUAAGGUUUCAGCAUCUUUCAAUCUGGCUGAGGGCUUACACGCACCACAGUUAAGUGUCGGGAGUAUCUGGAACUUUCAACCAUAGUCUCUCUGUAGCCUAUAUUCAAUAUGUUUCAAGAAUUGGGUAGCUCUACACGUGUUGUCUCAUUGUUUCGAUUUCGGAUGUGAAUUAUAUGUAUUUAGGUUUUAUUUAAAAAAAAAUAUCUUCAUAUAUUUAGAAGAUUUAUGAAUGAUUAUAUUAUUUAGUGUUCGGUUAAUAUUUCUGAGACAUGUUGCGGAGUUGCUUAAGCGAGAUUGGGUUGUACGGAUCCAAUACGUGGCAAAGACAAGGAAAUAGAGCGGCAGACUACAUGACAAAGAUUACGACCAGGAGCAACCUUGAAUGUAUCAAGUUCGAAGAA